AUGUAAAAUCUGAUUUCAUUAAUUUUCUUUAGAUUCUCAAUAAAACCAGAAGUCAUUCUAAAUGAAUAUUCAUAAUUAUAGAAUUAACACCAAAUCAGGAACUUCGAUAGGGUAUUUAGUGAUUAAAUCCUAUUAGGACCAAUAUUUGAUAAGCAUGGAGUGAUUGAAAGAUCAAUAGUUGGAAAACCUGAUAUAUUUUAUAAAGUAAAAGAAUAGCAGAGGGCUGGGAUUAAGUUUGUUAAUCAAACAAACAUUAGUAACACCACUAUGAAAUUUGUAAGAAGAAUAAGUUCAAGGAAAUCUACGAAUUUAUCAAAUAAAUAAUAGUAAUAAUAAUAAUAAUAAUAAUAACACUCUGAGCAUUCUCAAAGGAAUGAAUAAACUAAAAGGAACAAAGAUUUUGAUUUAGUAUCGAAAUAAGAUCUAAUAAAGUUAUGUCGUUUGAUUGAAAGUAGGGUUAAUUAAAAUAAGGAAUCUUCAGAUUAAAUAGUAAGAAAACAAUCCUAAUAAAAAAUUGAAUAAUUGAAGUUAAUCUAACAAAAUAAAGUAUUAAAUAAGUAUGAAUGCUAACUCAAAUUAUGGAAUGAAGAAAUAUCUAAAUCAAUUAAUACAACGAAUAGGACAUCUAAUGAAUCUAUAUUAAACUCGUGCUCAUGUAUUGAAUAUAUAUUAUAUAUAGAAUUCAGAAGGAAGAUUGAGUAGAUCUAAUUAUAAGAAGCAUUAAAACUAACUUAAGGGGAGAAAACAAUCAAUUAAUGGUAUAUGUCAUUAAGACAAAGCGAGGCUAAAGAAGAAACUAUUUAAGAAGACACUUAACAUCAGUCAGUAUUUUAAGAUGUGAACAAUAAGAAUGCUUUAUAUGUUGAUCCAAAAUAUAGAUAAUUAGAAAUCAUUAGGCAACCUAGUUUCUACAUGAGUCAACAAAAUUCAAUAAAUCCAGAUUAAAGGUUAAGAUUUAAUUCUACAAACUUAUCAUUCUAUCAACAACAAUUACCAUAUUUUCAAUUAAGUGGAGUGCAUGAGGAGAAUAUAGAGGAAUUGAUAGUUGAAGGAUUAAAUAAGUAUAAGAUUGAAAAAGAAUACAUGUUAGAAUAAGCUGACAAUUAAAAGUUUAGACUUUAUAAAUAAGCCGAAGAGUAGUAUAUUGAUGAAUUAAUUGAUGAAUGA